AUGUUCGAAUGCGCCACCUGCGGUGAGGAAUUCUGGUAUCGGGAUGACUGCGAUGAGCAUAUGAAUGACUAUGAUCACUGGAUUGAGUGCGAAACAUGCACUCGCUUGUUUCGCUCCCAGGCCGCUUGCAACCAGCAUAUGAAUGCUUUGGACCACUGGGCGCCAACCUUCGAAUGUGAAACAUGCACCAGCACCUUCCGUACUCAAGCGGCUGCCAACAACCACAUGAGAGCCAAGAGACAUUAUGAGAAGUACUGCUCCGACUGCGAUCGUACCUUUAUGAACGCGAACUGUUUACGCCAGCAUCUGAAUUCCAAGAUUCAUCGCGGUAACAACGUUCCCUGUCCGUUCUGCCACACCGGUUUUGUCACUGCCAGCGGUGUCUCUCACCAUCUCGAGAGUGGAUCCUGCCCUCGGGCUCAAGGCUUGAACCGCGACAAGAUUCACCGCAUUAUCCAGCAGCUUGAUCCAAAUGGCAUUGUCUGCAAGAAGCGGAUCGCGUGGCACGGCGAAGAGAAUAUGUCCUACUCGGUCACUGACAAUGCGUGGAAUGGUCAGUUUUGGGUGUGUUACAUUUGCAAGCGGGGGUUCAACUCGCGCAGAGCGUUGGAGUCGCAUGUCAACUCGCCUGUGCACAAGGAGAAGGUUUACCACUGCCUCCAGCGUGGCUGCCCAAAGGAGUUCCACUCUCUGGCUAGUCUGUUCAACCACCUUGAGAGUGAGUCUUGCGGAUUCAUUCGGUUCGACGGGGUUCGACAGGUUCACCAGCGACUGAACGAUGCCAUCAUCGGUCGCCGGAUGAUCACUGGACUCUAG